AUGCUUUCUAGGGCCCGCCCAAAACGACAUCACAGGACGGGAACAGCAAGAGGGCACUAUUCGACCAGAGCCUCAACAGCGGAGGCACUGGCGAAACCGAGGCUUCCUCUAUGGACCACCAGCAGAGCAUUACUGCUGGGAGGGGCUUUGGCUUCUAUUGGAUACGUUGUGGGCGUCACUGACGCGGGAAAUCACGCCAAUGAGCUGCUGCCCCGCAAACCCAAACCUCCCAGAUACGCCAGCAAGGGGGAUAUGGAGAAGGCCAUCUCAGAGCUCCGUCAAGUACUGGGGGAGGAUGCUAUCAGCACGGAUGAUGAGGAUCUCUGGUCGCAUGGCUAUUCUGAAUGGUCUUCUAUCAACAUUGAUCAACUGCCAGUUGCAGUAACCUACCCUAAAACGACCGAGGAUGUCUCCCAGAUUGCCAAAAUUGCUUCAAAAUACAAGGUGCCCAUGAUCCCAUACUCGGGGGGUUCUUCUCUGGAAGCCAACUUCGCUGCGCCCUUUGGAGGGUUUAGUAUCGACUUUGCCUUCAUGGACCAAAUCCUGGCGGUCCACGCAGACGAUAUGGAUGUCGUGGUCCAGCCGGCUGUUCAGUGGAUGGAGCUGAAUGACAAGCUGCAGCAUACCGGUCUCUUCUUCCCGGUGGACCCUGGCCCAUCAGCAAAGAUUGGUGGCAUGAUCGGGACAUCCUGCAGCGGCACCAAUGCUUUCCGCUAUGGCACUAUGAAAGACUGGGUUCUCAAUCUCACUGUAGUUCUACCGGAUGGGCGAAUUAUCAAGACCAGGCAGAGGCCACGCAAGACAGCAGCAGGCUACAACCUGACAGGCCUCUUUAUCGGCGCGGAGGGCACCCUUGGCAUUGUCACGGAGGCAACGCUGAAAUUGGCGGCCAUUCCUCAGGAGACAAAAGUCGCAGUCGCAACAUUCCCCACGAUCCGCGAUGCAGCAGCCGCAGCUUCGCAAGUGAUACGCGCUGCCGUUCCCGUUGCCGCAAUGGAGAUAAUGGACGACGUGCAAAUGUCAGUAAUCAAUCGCGCAGGGGGCACCAACCGGACGUGGAAAGAGGUGCCCACCAUCUUCUUCAAAUUCUCAGGCACGACGGCCGGGGUGCAGGAUAAUAUCAAGAUCACCAUUCAGAUCGCGAAGAAAAACAAGGGUGGUGAUUUCAUCUACGCAAAGGACGAGCGAGAGGCGCAUGAUUUGUGGAAGGCCAGGAAGGAUUCCUUGUGGAGCAUGCUCUCUUUGCGCCGGGAGGGCGACGAAGUCUGGUCUACCGACGUCGCGGUCCCAAUCUCACGGUUGCCCGAUAUUGUUGAAAUCACAAAGAAAGAAAUCGACGACCUGGGCCUUUUCGCAAGUGUCCUUGGGCACAUUGGAGAUGGCAACUUCCACACAUCCGUCUUGUAUAACCGCAAGGAUCCAAAGGAGAGGGAGCGCGUCGAGCAAGUCGUGCAUAACAUGGUCGACCGAGCUCUUGAAAUGGAAGGCACAUGUACCGGCGAACACGGCAUCGGGCUAGGCAAAAAGCAAAGCCUCAUUGACGAACUAGGCCUCGAGACCAUCGGCGUGAUGCAGACUCUUAAGCGCAGCCUCGACCCGCACUGGUUGAUGAAUCCGGGAAAGAUCUUCGACGCCGUCAACGCCGAGAAUACCAUAAGUCAGCCGGAAGCCACGGCUGCUUCGACCUUGGAGAGGCCGAAGGGCAAAUCUUGA